ACAGUAUUUCUUCUCUUUUUUUUUUUCUUUUUUUUUUUUUAAACCUCUCAUAUUUCUUUUCCUCUCCUUUCUUUUAUCUGACUGUAGCAGACAACUCCCUUCUGAUCUCUGCUUCAUUUCAGAUAACAAGAUUCUGCCUCUGAUCUUGAAUUUUCUAAGAAUCUCUCACAUUCUCAGACCAGCAGAAAAGCUGCACUCCUUUCAUUGGUCCUCACUAUAUAUAUUAUUUAUAUUCCUUCAAAUCUCAGAAUUUUCUGUUAUCUUUUUUGACUUCCUAGUCUAAGCAAACUUUGCUUGAUCAAUAAUUUUCUCAGCCCAUCAUCUUUGAACCCUUUCUCCACCAUGCAUUCUUGAAAUAAUUUUAUAAAUUCAGACCUUUGAAAGCUCUCAUUCCUAAUUACUUUAUCUGAUGAUAACAUUUUCUUUGUUUUGCAAGUCAGAAUCAAAUAAUCUGAAACUUUAGCUAAGCUGUAAUUAGUAUGUGCUCAGAAACAAGCCCUCGAAUAUCAUUCUCCAAUGGUCUUGGCCAAGAAGAUGACAUACAAAUCGAGCAGGAGCCUCGAAGGGAUACCAAACUUCUGGAAUCAAAUUCUGAUUUUCAGUUCAGCAUUUGCAGCAGCGUAGUAGACUAUGAAUCUUCUUUGGCAGAUGAGCUUUUCGCAGAUGGAAUGAUUCUUCCAGUCCAAGUACAUGAAAGAACCACUGCUGCUCCCAAUCAUAUGCAUGGACAUGAACAUCCGCGAAAAGUUUCUCUCCCUCCUCUUCCAUGUCCUUCGAGUAGUAAGGAGAAUUCAAACAAAGAGAUGAUGGAAAUUAUGAUUUCGAAUUCAGGGUCACUGGAAAAGCAUCAGUCCAAGUCUUUCUGGGGAUUCAAGAGAAGCAGCAGUCUGAAUUGUGAUAUAAAGAAGAGUCUAAUUUGUUCCUUGCCACUCUUGUCACGAAGCAAUUCGACAGGAUCAUCCGUGCCAAAUCCAAAGAGAUCAACCUGUAAGGAUAUUAACAAACACAAUUCACAGAAGCAGCAACAAUCAAAUUCCCUGGCAAAAAAGCUCUCAGCAUCACCUGCUUCUACUUAUGUGUACACAUUUCCACAGAAGCCUCCAUUGAAGAAAAACUAUGGUAGAUCUCAUGGAAAUGGUGUUAAGAUUAGUCCUGUUUUGAAAAUGCCACCUCCUUACAUUGCUCAAGGAGCUGCAAAUCUCUUUGGUUUGGGAUCCCUUUUGCGCAAUGGAAAAGAGAAGAACAGAAAGUGAUUGUUUAAUUAAUGAAAUUUAGUGAUUCUAAAUUAUAUAUAGAUGACGUGGGUUCCUACUGUUAGCUAUAAUGAGUCAUGUCAAGCCUUGCUAAUCUUAGAAGCUAGUAAUGAUUAAGGAGGAAGUAUAUCUAAUUGAGGUUAA